CUUCCCGGGUCACGCAGAAGGGAAGUGCUGCAGAUAAAAGCUGUUGCUCUGUGAUCUGCGGUGUUACUGGAGCUUGAGCCCCCGUUGAAAGAAGACAGAGAAGCUGCAGAGAUGGGCUUCUCCCUCUUUCUCUCCGCUGAGACAUGGACCCUUCUGGUGGCUCUCGUCACGCUGCUCUUCAUGUAUGUCUGCUGGAAUUUUGGAAUAUUUAAGAAAUUGGGCGUCCCUGGUCCCCAACCAAUCCCUUUCUUUGGCACAAUGCUGGCCUAUAGAAAGGGAUUCACCACCUUUGACGAAGAUUGCUCAAAGAAAUAUGGGAACGUAUGGGGCAUUUUUGAAGGCCGUCAGCCGGUGCUUUGCAUCACUGAUCCUGCCAUGAUCAAAACUAUUCUGAUAAAGGAGUGUUACUCUCUCUUCACCAAUCGCAGAAACACCCGUCUGAACGGGCAACUGCACGACGCUCUGACCGUCGCUGAGAAUCACCAGUGGAGGAGGAUCCGCAGUGUCCUCUCGCCCUCCUUCACCUCAGGAAAACUGAAAGAGAUGUUUGACAUCAUGAAGCACCACUCCGCUAACCUGACCAGCAGCAUGAAAAAAAAGGCAGACAAGGACGAGCCCUUAGAGCUUAAAGAGUUCUUUGGCCCCUACAGCAUGGAUGUAGUAACCAGCACAGCCUUCAGUGUCGACAUUGACUCGCUCAACAACCCCUCAGACCCUUUCGUUGCAAACAUCAAGAAGCUCCUCAAUAUUGACUUUUUUAGUCCAGUCUUCCUCAUUGUUGCUUUCUUCCCAUUUUUGGGUCCAAUUAUGGAGAAGAUGGAGUUUUCCUUAUUCCCUAAAUCUGUCACAGACUUCUUUUACGCCGCACUGCAGAAGAUCAAGUCCAACCGUGUGCACAGCGAGCAAAAGAGUCGAGUGGACUUCCUCCAGUUGAUGAUUGACUCCCAGAAAAACAUUGACCUCAGUAAAGAGGAAUCAAAUAAAGGUUUAAGUGAUCACGAGAUCCUUUCUCAGGCAAUGAUUUUCCUCUUUGCUGGCUACGAAACAAGCAGCAGCACUCUUUCUUUCUUGGCUUACAAUCUGGCCACAAACCCUCACAUCAUGAAACGGCUGCAAGAGGAGGUCGACUCCACGUUCCCGAACAAGGGUCCUGUUGAGUACCAGGCUCUGAUGCAGAUGGAGUAUCUGGACAGCGUCAUCAACGAGUCUCUCCGGUUGUACCCCAUUGUCCCACGUCUGGAGCGUGUGGCCAAGGCAACUGUGGAGAUAAAUGGCAUUGUGAUUCCAAAAGACAUGGUUGUCAUGGUUCCCACGUGGCCGCUGCACCGGGAUCCGAGUCUGUGGCCCGAGCCCGAGCGUUUUAAACCUGAGAGGUUUAGCAAGGAAAACAAGGACUCUAUUGACCACUACACGUACAUGCCUUUCGGGGCAGGACCGAGGAACUGCAUUGGGAUGCGAUUUGCUCUGAUGAUGAUGAAACUAGCAAUGGUGGAGAUCCUGCAGAGGUUCAGCUUGUCUGUGUGUAAGGAGACUGAGAUCCCCUUGGAGAUGGACACCCAGGCCGUUGUGAUGCCAAAGCGACCAAUCAAACUUAAGCUGGUGUCACGAUGA